AGAAGCUAAAAGCUUUUCAAGGCAAUUUCAAGGUGUAUAUCCAAGAUGGCGUUUCACCAUCUUCCAUUGCUAUUAAUUGCAGUCAUGUCUUUAAUCYUUGCUUGCCAGGCAUUGUGUCCCAUUCGUCUGCCACAGAAAGAACGCUCGUUCUCGGUUUUUAACCCCCUUACAAUACUUUGCAACAAGAAAAUACGUAAAAUAUCUUUAAACGUUAAACGUGGAAUAUACGGCAUUCGACGUGCAACCCCAAAAAUGCCAUACAACCGACUCAACAUGGAUGCUCCUAAGUACCUUCUGUUCUUGGGAACCAAUCCUUUCCUGUCUUUCCACUCCAACAUGUGGAUAAAGAACGGAGUCCUUUUCAAAGCCGCAGAAGUUGGGUAUACAGUGGCUAAUGGCUUCAAGAGUCAAGACAUGACGAUGAAGGAGUAUGCUGAUCUAAGGARAUUCUACAGAAACCAUGCUUCAUCGCCACUUAACCUGAUCAGAGGAUAUAUGAAUCACCCAUCCAAUUCUCAACCGUUCCAGUCAGAUUUUACUAAAUGGAUCUCAGACCAUUUCUUCGCUGAGCAGAGAUUGAGUGGWGUUAAUCCAAUGACCAUCCAGAAAGUAACGUUUUCCAAUAGAAUCGGAAUGCACUAUAACAGACUCAAACGACUUUUGAAUCCCAAAUUUAACUUGGUUAGAGCUGUGAAGAAAGUUCUGAGUCGAGUCAAUAAUCAUUUCUCGCUUACAAAGGCCAUCAAGGAUGGACACYUGUUUGUUCUUUACCAUCCAUUAAACAGAGACGUAGAAUCAKCAGAAGACAAGUCCAAACCCGGCUCAAACAGAAAAAUGUGGAGCUUCAAAUCACCUAUUGCAAUUUUUGCAUCAAGACCAGAAAAUGCAGCACUGACACCGGUUGCUAUUCAGAUGGACGAUGGAAGAGAAGCACCUGUCUACACUCCACAAGAUGGAGACAACUGGAUGCUCGCGAAACUCAACGCUCAAUUAUCAGACUACAGCAAUAGUCAAAUCAUUGAACAUCUCUGUAAAGUUCACUUUACWAUUGAAGCAGUUUGUUUGGCUGUGGAGAGACAACUAUCUGAAAUCCAUCCAUUGUACGACUUCAUGCGUUUCCACUGUAGAGGUAUCUUCACUGCCAAUACUUUAGGAGGACCAACKCUCUUGAACGAUGAGUUUGAUCUGGAUCAUAUUUUGGAAUUUGGAAAUGAAGGUGCUAAUUACUUGACAAGAAAAGCAGCCAAGCUCAUCAACUGGYACGAUUUGGACUUGAAGAACAACGUCAAGAGAAGAGGAGUUGACGACAAAAGGCGUCUUCCUUAUUACCCGUACAGAGAUGAUGGCAUUGUGAUAUACGACGUCCUAAAUGGGAUGGUUAGAGACUACAUAAAUACAUUUUAUAAAGAUGACAGGAGCGUCAGGAAAGACUUUGAGCUUCAACACUUUGCUUAUGAAGUUUCCAAAAAAGGAAAGGGAUCGCUUCGUGGAUUCCCUGCCAGUUUAACUAAUAAACCAACCUUGAUCAAGACUUUUACUCGCAUCCUUUGGAUAAUGACUGGCCAACACGCUGCCAUUAACUACCCUCAAGCAGACUAUGGGUCGUAUAUACCAAACCUGCCCACCAAACUCUAUGAUGUCAAAGGUGUGGCUAAGAAKCAAUUCUCUACUAAACGACUGAACAACCGUAAGGCCGCAGCGAAACAGUUGUUCCUUGUCUCCGCCCUCUCUUCCUUCCGCAUGGAUCGUCUCUUUGAUUAUGGCCGCCACUUGAGAACCCAAGGAGGAAAGCGUAUAUUAAACUACUACAAACACAAGCUGGAGAGGGAYAUUGAGUCAAAAUUGCUCAAGAGAAACAAAAAGCGACUGGAACAAGGCCAUCUGACCUAUCCWUACUUUCAGCCAAGAUGGCUGACYAAUGGAAUACAAGCRUAAGAUAUGUUGAAAUGUAAACUAGGACUUUAAGGGGAAUAUWGGUAAAGAAAUAGUCAAAUGAGAAUGCCAGAAUGUCAAUUAGGUCGAUUUGGUAUUCUCAGCUAACUCCACAUAUCCAUAGUGCCUUUUUUUUUCUGGGGGAUGUGAAAGUAGAGAAAGGAUUUGGUAUUUCAUUAUUCAAAAUAAGGACCAUUAAACUUAGAAGUAAUCUAAACCUGAUGAAUAAGAUAUAAUUGUUAACUCGGUAUAAAUUAAUGGGAUGAUAUGACAAAUAAACGCGAUUCCAAAAAAUUAAAAUGUCACGGAUUCAGGAGCAUUCCUGGAUUCAGUAUGCCAACGGAUCUUGGAUUCCAGACUCCAAGUGUCUCUUGAUUCCAAAAUUGAAAAAUUAAAAUUUUGUGGGAUGUC